UAAUGAAAUAUUAAUUAUAAACUUGAUAAAAAAAAUUAAUUUAUCAAAAAAUGAUUUCUUCAGAGAAGAAAUAUUUCUUUUGCGAUGAAUGCGUAAGUACAAUAUAAAAGCACAUGGAUUAAUGACAUUUGUGCGUGUGAGUAAGUUUGAACAUAGACAGAAGACCCCAAGACCGAAGACCGAGACCCUACCAAACAAGAGCCAAGACCAAGGCAUAAAAGAGACACCAAUACUAUUGGAGUAAACCUGAUAUAUUGGUGUGUAUAUGAAUAGUUGUAAAGUUUUCUUACAAUUACUACUACGACAUAACUAAAAAACUCUUGGGAGAUAAAUAAAUCAUCAUGUACAAAAAUGGACCACCACCUUCAUAUGAUGAACCCCCACCAUCUGCACCACCCAGUUACUUUCAGAGCGUAGGUGGUGUACCUCCAGCAAGUCCAUUUACACCAGCACCAACGUAUGCUAAUGGACCAACCAUUGUAACAACAAUAGUACCAUUGGGACCUGGACCAACCCAUACUAUUUGUCCUCAUUGUCAUGCUGAAAUAGAGACUGCUACUAAAACAGAACCUGGAAUGAUUGCGUAUAUUUCUGGGGCUGUUAUUGCUUUGCUAGGAUGCUUCCUGGGAUGCUGUCUAAUUCCCUGUUGCAUUGACGAGUGUAUGGAUGUACAUCACACUUGUCCAAACUGCAAAGCUUAUCUUGGACGUCACGGCAGAUAAAAAUUUUUUAAAAAUUAUUACUACUAUUUCUAGUGGUAAUUUAAAUACUUAUACACAUUUAUACAAAGUAUUUUUAACAGCUAACGUGGAAUCUCAAGGCAGAUCUAAUGUUUUAAAUGUCUCUAUUUUUAAAUUUAUUUUUUAAUUAUUGAACUCACGUAUCAAGUUUAUCUGAAGAUACAGUCAUUAAUUUGAGAGAAAGAUAAAAAAAUAACUCAGACUCUGGAAGAGGAUGAGUAAUUUAAGAAUCAAUAGUAUGAAGAAUUAUUUAAGUAGUAGAGACAAGUAUCAAUCGACAAACGGAGUAUAUUAAUUAAUAAUUAUUAAUUAUUAACGAAGAGAUAUGGCAACUGAUAACUAUAUAAUUAACUAAGAUUUAAAAAUGGAAUUUUUAUCAUUA